UUGCAGAACAUCCUGUUCGAGAGCGAGGACUCGACUGCGCAGCUCCGACUCGUCGACUUCGGCUUUGCGCGUUUGUUACCGGCUUGUGUGGAGCAGCAGCUGAAGUCAGUCUAUCGGAAAAUGACGCCUUGUUUCACCCUUCAGUAUGCGGCACCUGAAGUCCUUGAUCUUGGCGAUACUCUUCCUGAGUACAACGAACAGUGCGAUCUGUGGUCGCUUGGUGUCAUUCUGUUUACAAUGUUAUCCGGUCAAGUGCCAUUUCAUGCUCGGUCAAAAACCGAAUCCGCAACAGAAAUCAUGCAACGAAUAAGAAAAGCUCAAUUCUCGUUCGAAGGCGAGGCGUGGAGAGCAGUGUCGGCAGAAGCGAAGCAGCUUAUCAACGGGUUGUUAACCGUGGAUCCGAAAAAGCGAUUAUCCAUGCAGGAGCUAUCGCAGCAUGUUUGGCUGAAUUCAGCUGCGUCUUUGGAGACACCGCUACAAACACCCAGCGUUCUUCCUUCGUUUGCUGGAGAAACGUUUAACGAAACGUUGCAAGCGUUCCUCACCGCAAAUCGUGAUGGUUUCUACUUGAUGGAUGUUGAUGCAGCACCACUGAUGAAGCGACGUGGCUUGAAGCGACAAAGUGGAGAAAAAGAGGAAAACAACAAAGCUUCAAAACGGCAAGUUUUCUGGUGUGUGCUGUCCUUACUUACCAAGUUCAGUGUCUGUAAAUUCUCACGUCCAUUUCAGCGAUUGAAGGAUGUGAUGUGUGAUGCUCUCAAUUUUUCUUCAGUUGUCAUUAGGUUCCCAAGGAUCUUCAUGUGA